AUGGAGGGAGUGGAGCAGCGAGGCGGGGAUGGCGUUGAAUGUGGUGGCAGUGAUGUAGGUCAGGGCCGACCAGGCGUGCGCACGGCGGCCGCCAUCGACUGCUACGUGUGCAACAGCGUGACGGACGCGGCGUGUGCAGACCCGUUCCGAAGUGGCUCCGUGGAACCGGUUCAGUGCACCCCGGACGCCGUGCAGAAGUCUCUCUCCGACACCUCCAAGGCGCUCUCCGACGUCUUCACCAAGUUCGGCGUCGACAUCCCCACCGGCAACCAUGAGCUGGUUCACAAAAAGGGACAUGAAGUUGUGAUUCGCUCUUGCGCGUUCAAUCCGGAGACGGUGAACGCCUGCCCUCCCGAAAAUUCCGGUGCCAAGUGUUUGCAGUGCAACACCGACCUCUGCAACGGCGCUUCAAGGAACCCUGGCACCAUUGGAAUGAACUUCUUGGCGAUACUAGCGCUACCGGCCAUGAUGGUCCGUUUAUUGCGUCCAUAGAGCGCUGUACGGUCGCAUCACUACGACCGCUUCUCCCACCACUUGGCUCUGCAUUGCAUUAGCCAGUAUUUCAGAGUUGUUUGAAAAUUAGCGGUAAGCGUUUAUUUGAUUGGGAAGUAUGUGAGGCAGACGACAGAUUGGAUUAGUAAAAGAUUUUGUAACUAGAUCGUGUUCGAAAACUCUUUGAAAAGGUUUUGAGAUUGUUAUCGUACUCUUAGAUAUUUCGUCUGUUUCUAAUGUUUUUGAGCAUUCGUUCAAUCCCUUGAGGAAAGCGAAUGUGAGGCAAACGGGAAAAGCUUCCAAAGAAACAAUGCUUCCUCUGACACUAUGUCCGUAUUAUUUUGGAACUCUUAAGUCUUUCGAAAUUGUAGCGCAUGUUGACUUCAAAAAAAUUGGCUACAUACACUAUUAAGAAAAUAAUAUUACAAAAGAAUCCGUAGGUAUUACAUCUCUUUCCAUGCUAUUGCUCACACCAUCAAGGAUUCACAUCUCUAGAUUUAUAAACCAAUACAUUGCGAAAUGCAUUCUAAUUUUUUGGCCUCAUUUGUUUCCAUGCUUGAAGAAUAACAACUGGCAAGUAGGAAGGAAAUGCAUAACAUCAGAUUAUGUUGGCAAAAUAAUAUAUCUUUCCUCCUUUUACUUCCCAUUAUCAGACAUUCAUAUAUUUUUCAUUAUAAAAUGAAGAUUGAUCCAUCUCUGAAAAGGAUAUCUUGAAAUUUUGAGCAUAUACAUUCUUAUAAAGUGGAUUAACUUAAAUGUUCUUAAUAAAUUAAAACAUAAUUUAGAAAAUUUAAAGAACUCACUAGAAAAUUAUCAAAUGUAUUUCUAGCACUUAUUCCAUUUCAUUGGUCGCAUCAAAUUUAUUUUAGAAAAUAUUGCUGUGAAUCAUGAACAGAGAAAAUCUUCAUUUGUAGACUACUAGGCUGCAUCAAGAUAUUUAAAGUGUUUCUGUAUUUUUACCCAAUAUUACAAUACAUUGUACAUUUUAUAUUAUUAUUUAGAAUAUAUUUCUCAAGUAUAACUUCUCAUGCUUUUAUCUACUUUCUCCGUUAGUGAAAUUCAAAUGUGAAGUUAUUGUCAAAAAGAGUUUUGAUAUGGUAUAUUACAGCAAAAAUCUUCUUUCUUACGCUGCAUGAUUAUUUAUUGAUUGAUUUAAUAAUCAUUUGUAUUUUAAAAGGAAUUUCCAAUAGACAGACUUUGAAACAAUAAAAUGUAAAAAUCCAUUUCUUUCCGUAAAAACUGCUAUAGUAGUAAGAUGCUAAUUGGCUUAUCAUAUUGAUCCAUCUAUUCUUAGAUGUAAAAUGACUAAUUAUAUUGAUCCAUGUAUUCAUUCUAGACUGAAAGCAAAAAUACCUUCUACAGACAUCUAUAAAAUUGGGUUCAAAUUGAAUAUAUCUAUCAUGAACCAGUUAAAAAUUUACUGAAAGAAAAAUGUUAGUCAUAUUUGAAAAAUUAUUGAUGCAACCACCAUUAUUUACUAGACUUAGACAAAUCUGCUAAUGUGGCUUAACACAAUUACCUUAGUAAUAGGGAGAAAUUAAAUGUCUGAACGUGUUCAGACAUUAUGAAAUUCAAUUUUUUCUAAACAUAAUUUUUUGGGAUAUUGCAGCAUGAAUGUUUACAUAUGUUUUUUGUCUUUGAUAUCUAGUAUGAAAUGAGCUAAAAAUUUCACUGAUCCAAAUUCCUUCAAGAUACAAUAUGUCAACUGAUUUAAUUGAAAUUCAAACAUUAAUUGAAUGUUUUGAAAAAGUAAUAUUUGUAUUUUGAUCUGUCAAUGUGUUUUUUGCACUGAAUUUUUCCCUGAAAUAUGAAGAAUUGUGUUCUCUUUUCUAUAAAGUCUUUUCAGGCAUUACUUUUUACAUCAAAUUUUCAUUAGUAGACUAUAAUUUUGAGUUAUAUGUAAACACAAUUUACAUAGUUUGCUAGUUGGUAUAUGAAAAUGAUACAUAUUUCAUUAGAAAAUGAAUACAUUUUCACUGAUUUUUGAAUCGAAAUACAGUUGGAAGAAAUUAUACAAUUUUUAAAAUAGAGGUUUAUAUUAACAACAGCUUUUUACAGUACUAUAAAUUUUGCAAAUAUAAAUAUUUUGUAAGAAAUGCAUUGUAAACCAUGAAGGAAAAUGUUCUUGUAUACAAAGAGCUUGAGUGCAAUUUCAAAUUUGUGAAUUUUUGUAUUGUAUGUAGGCCAUAAAAGCAUAGAUACCUGUAAUGUGCAUUACUGCUUGCACCAUAAAUUCAACUUUUAAAAAUGAUCUGAUAAUUAUUGUUUUUGUGAGUAGUGUAUACAAUUGUAAAUGUUUCCUCUGUACGCUAGAGUAUGUAAUUUUCCACAGAUUGAUUUGUUCACAUUGUUACACAAGAUGACUGAAGAUACUUGCAUGAUAAGAAAAGCAAAUUUUUUUAAACAAUUUUUCUAUAACACUCCAUUUUGGUUGUUUUAAGCUAUGCAAAGUGUAAACAAUACUGUACCUGUCAGGACAAAAAAAUUUGUUUAGGUUAUAAGAAUUCAAAUGAAGAAUGUUAUUAAAAAAAUUGAGCCUUCAUAGAAUUCCAUGUACCUGCAAUAAUUACCGUUAAUUUAGAAUAAUUGCAAAUAGAUUAUCUCAUUGUUUUAUUUAAGAACAGAAAAAAUAUAGUUUUGGCUACUAACAUGUGUAUGUACAUUAAUUACAAGAACAUUUCUUGACCACAAUGUAGAAGAUUAAAGUGUCUUAAUGUCCUAAAAAGUGUAUAAACAAGAAAUACAAAUAUUUAAGUGGACAAUCAUAGCUUCAAUUCUGACAUACAACUGAAGUUACUUCCACAUUUUUCUCAAAGAAGUGAAACAAGUAGAUGGAAGUCAGGUGUAUAAAUAUUGUGGUCCAAAAAGAUUAAUUGUGCAGUGGUGAUUAGGAAGAAAAGUAGAUCAUAUCUUUGCAAGAAGUAAUAACAUGUAAUAGAUUCAUCAUAGAAUCUAUUCAUAGAGAAAUUUCAUCAUUUAAGUCUCAUGUGGCAAGAUUCAUAAAAGUAAUAUGUAAUAUUGCUUCAGCCUUGUAUACUAGUAUUAUAGAUAAAGGGAGUUACUGUAGAGAAAUCUAAAUGUAUAAAUACGAUAUUAAAUACAUUGCUUAAUUAAUGUAAAUUAUUAUAAUUAAGUAUUUUAGACUCAAGAGUGAUACCUUGAUAUUACAUUUACUCAAAGGAUUGAACAUUUUGUUCAUAAUCACAACAAAUACUUUUAAUCAUGAAAUAAAGCUUUUAAAAACAGGAUCAAAAUACAGUUCACCAGUGAAAUACUAGCAUAAUAGUGAUCCACUUUGAAUGUUUAAUAAAAGCAUUGCUAAAAAGUCAUGUUUAAAAAUGAUAUAUUGGGACAAAUAGUUUACUAUACAAUUCUGAGAAUUUGGGUGAUUGACAGUUGUUUUCUUUAAAUAAAGAUUUUUUUAUUUCUCAUAUAAUCUAAAAACACUUGUCUGCUUGCAAUAGAGGAACAGUAAUGUUAUUAAUUUUCAAGUUCUGUAUAUGAAGUAAACU